AUGUCUAUAUAUCCAUUGAAUAGAUUACAACAUUUACUAAUGCGUUUACGUUCGUUUUGUUCAAUUCGAUAUGUGGUUAAAUUUCUUCCGAAUGGUUCAUCAGCUCCAAGACUAGAUAUUUAUAAUCAAGUGAUAACUAGGAACUCUUUACAAUAUGACGAUUGUGAUUGUGCGUUAACGGAUUCCAAUGUGCUGUACACCUCAAGUUGUACAGAUUAUGAUGAUUACAGUGAAAAGGAAAAAGAAUUACUUUUAAGUCCUAUAUCAGCUCAGAUGUCUAACUGUAUUGUUAAAAAAUAUGCUACUCCAAACCAACUUUCCACCUCGCAUUCCUCUGCGAAAUUCGGAAAUAUUACACAGCCACAUAACGUUGUUCCAGUGUAUUAUCUUGGUUCAUUCUCAAAUGUUCAUACCAGUUCUCCAAGUUCACAGUCAAGGUCUCUUCAAAAUCUUCAACAUGGUCAUAAUAAUGAUAAGGAAGAGAAUCAUAAUCAAAUGAAUGUUGAGUCAUCAAUUCAAAAGAAACGUAAUCGAGGAUAUCAUCGUAAACAUAUUCAAGGGAAACGAUCAGAAAAGUAUUCUAAGACCACUGGUGGUAAUACUUCAGAUACAGAUUCUGAUGAACAUUUGAAUUAUCAUUCAUACAAAACAUCCGAAUCGAAUCGUAUCUCACAGUUGGAAGCGGAACUUUCUCGCUUAAGAUCACAAAUUGCCCAGCUAAUCUUAGCUCAGGAAUUGGGUAGAUCAGGUACAUCUGAUCUGGAUCGUAGUAGCUUUCCUCAUCGUCUAGAUGCAGAUGACAAAACUCUACAGUCGGUUGAAUUGCCUAGUAUUCCAGUCAAUUCGAUUUUAAAUUCGUCGAUACCACCACCUCCUCCCCCUCCACCGCCACCCCCACCCAUGAUAGCAUCAACUGCAUUACAUGAAACCAACAGUACGAAUUGGAGAGAUCAGUUAAAAGACAAGUUGAGAAGUAAACAGACUAAAUUCCCAGAUGAAACAUCUACAUCACUGAGAAGUAAUCUUUCGACUACUCAGAAUUCUGGUGAUAUGUCACAAGUGCUGAGAGAAUUACAAAGUGGAUCUAUCAAACUACGUACAGUCCCAAGGUCCCCUGGUGGGACACCCAUAAAACAAAAUAAAUCUCCUACAAUUAGCGGCUCUGAUCCUUGCGCAAUUAUUGCUCGGGCAUUGCACUCUAAAUUCUCACAUCUUCAAAACAUUUCCCAGUCUAAAUCUCAUUUCGAUUCUGGUCUUGGAGCUGGGUGUGAAGAUAUUUGGUCUCCAAAACAUAAAUCUAAAGGUUCUUCUCCUUCACUGCCGUUUGGUCAACAUAUGCUUCGCCCUACCAAGCGCUUUGAAAACGCAACCCAGUGA